CGAGUAGAGCAUAUUGGCGAAUUCAUAAAUUGUUCUGGCUAACAACUAAUUACAAUUUUUGAUCUGUUAAACGAGCUAAACCAAAGUUGAGUCGAUGUUAAUUUAUUUAUCCAUAUAUAAUGUAGUUUUAUUUUCCUUGCCAUAAUUAUCUAUAUUCUUUACUUCGCCGCUAAUUUUUGCCGCUCGUUUCUCUUCGUCAUCCCCACCAACCCACGCGCCUACACACUGGUAUACAUCCAUCAAGUAACGUUUCCAGCUGAAUCUCGAUAUUGGCUCCGACCGCCAUGGAUGAAUUUGGAGUUUUGGUGGAGAGUAUUGGGUUCAAAGCCCAUGGAAAAUCCGCCCCCAUGGCCAAAUCGAAACCCAAACCCGAAUCACAUUUCGCUGCCUAUAGCUCUGCCAAUACGCCACCGUUCAGCGACCACUCUGCGUUUCCCGUCGAUGAGCUAGACGUGAUUUUCAGAUCCAAUUUAAACAUCGACAAAAAUCGGCAAUCGCAGGAUUUGUUAGGCGAUGGUGAUGUUUUUGGUGCGAACGUCUCCAGUUCCAAUCAAUUCGGAGAAAUUGAUUUGGAAUCCGUGCUUAGUAUCUCCAAUAAUGGGGCUAAUGAUGGUAAUUCGAAUUUGAGGAAUUCUGCUGGUGUUGAUGAUCAUGAUGAUUUGUUUGGGUCACGGCCGAGGCAAGGGGGUACUGUAGGUGAUUUGCUGGGCGAUUUGGGAAUGAAUUCUAGUGGAAAGGAGGAGAGGAAAGGAUCUGAACUCGACGAGUUGAUACCGGGAUAUGGAGGAGCCAGCCAUACGAAUAAAAGAGUACAACCAAAGACUGCCCCUUCAGGAUCCAAUGACCAUUCAUCUAACAUUAGCUCAACCCUUGGAGAUGAUCCUUUUUUGGUUUUUGAAUCAUCUGUUACUAAAUCAGAUGCCUCUGCUGGAACCUCUGAGCAAGAUACAGCAAAAGAUCCCAUUCAGAGUUCACUUGAAGAACUCGAUGAUUUCGCCAUGGAUAGAGGCCAGAUUAAUUCAAAUUCUGAUGAAAAAAUGACCACAGCUAGCCAGCCAAGUGCAGGCAAAGCUUCAAGCGGGUUUCAGAAUGUCGAUGAUCUGGACGCAUUUUUCGGUCGGGCCGUGCAGCAACAUGCUGCACAAACUUCGACUAAUCAGGAAUCACAUUUUGACAUUUUUGGUGGGGAAAAGAGGCCUGAAGGGAAGCAAACUUCUGCUGGAACAAAUAUUGAGGAUAACUUCACUGCAUUAUUUGGGGAUAUGACCACUUCAUCUGAAGAGUUUCAGGAAAUUGAAGGGGAACCUGAAGAAAGACGAAGAGCGAGGCUUAAUCGUCAUAUGAGAAUGAAUGAGCGUAUGGCAGAAGCACUUGCUGAAAAGAAUAAGCGGGAUCUUCAGAACCAGAAUGAGCAGGAAGAGAAACGAAGGCUUGCAGAAACUUUGGACAAUGAUAUAAGGUGUUGGGCUGCAGGAAAAGAAGGCAACUUAAGAGCCUUAUUGUCCUCAUUGCAACAGGUACUAUGGCCUGAAUGUGGCUGGCGCCCGGUUUCACUGACAGAUAUGAUUACUUCUGAUUCAGUGAAAAAGGUUUACAAGAAGGCGACCUUAUAUGUCCACCCGGAUAAAGUGCAACAAAAGGGAGCUACACUCCUACAAAAGUAUAUUGCCGAAAAGGUUUUUGAUCUUCUUAAGGUACUCCUAGAAACGGUUCUUCUAAUGCAAAGCAUCUUCAACCAAGUGAAACUUAAAUUGAGGCCUGGAACAAAUUUAGUGCAGAGGAACUUCGAUAACUCUGGAAUCUGGAUAGCAAAAUCUCGGGAGCCUUUGUUGAUUUUAAGCAAACUAGUAUGAAGUCCUUGUGCUAUAUAUAUAAGAAGCAGCAAUUAAUGAUCUUUGCGGCUGAUCCUAUCUGGAACUUGAGAAGUUUUCAUGUUUGUUUUUGUGUAUAUGUGAAUGUCACUAAUCUGUGAGUAUAUGUUAACUACUAGGAGUUCUCUUUUUACAUUUUUUUUUUCUUUUUCCUUUUAACUUUUUUAUGGAACUGCAUAUUGUUGAAUAAUGAAUCGAUUAUGAAAAAUUAUUUGAAAGUCGAUGUCCAUUUCCCUGUGUAGUUGGAAAAUUAUUCGACGUAUUGCAGAAUAUUGCAGUGGACCAAGAAAAGGUCCUCUGAACGUAAACUAUUCUCAUUUGCCUAAUAAUAACAGAAUUCAUGAAUGGUGC